AUGGACGCCAUUCGCAAAGCCCUCCCCCUGCUCUUCGGCCGCCAUACAGCCUUGGAUCGGAAGCUUGCCUCCAUCGUCCAGGGCCAGGCGGCCAUAUGUGCGCUAUGCUUCCUGUACUGUCUCAUUACGCGCUACACACACCACCAGAAGCUUCUUUAUGUGCUACUCUGCGCUGUGACUGUUACUACCGUGACGGGGGUUGCUGCUGCAAACUAUCAUAACUCUCGGAGCGUCAUCGCUGGGCUGUUUCUCAGUUGUACGUUUGUCGGAUACGCUUUUCUACACAUCGCCUCCCGCGAGUGGGUGUUUCCACUCCACAUGGACAACAUCCACGACUACGAGAUCUGA